UUUUGGAAAUUUAUUUGGUAAGGGGGAAAAACAGAGCUAGAACAAGACUUGAAAAUGAUGCAAGGAUCCCAAAAUAACAGGAGGAUUUGUUUAUUUUCCCCCCUGUGCAUUUUUUUUUUUUUUUGGGACGAGUGUCAUCUUCUAUUGAAUGCUUCCUCUGUUUCAACUGACCCUCCCCGGAGCCUGUGCAUCCUCCUAGACCGAGGUCGCCCUUCUGCACCCCUUCCCGUCUGCAAGCCAGAAAAGUGUCCAGUCACAGCUUCUUCUGAUUGGCCCGAGGCGUCUGGUUUGAAUAAUGAACCUGUUAGUGUUGGGAGCUUCGAUUGGCCGGGCCCUGCUGCAGUGAGAAUGCAGGCUGGAUCAUCGGGGCUGCUGCUUGUGCUCCUUUUGACGUGCAUUGUAUGGGUUGGGGGUGGGGGGAGGACACGCUUCCCCGGCUAAUCCUGCAGCUGGCAAACUCCGCCGAGCUCCAUCCUUCUGGCCACGGGAGAGAGGCUUCUGCGCAGGCUUCCCGCGGCAGCCAGCAUCUUUCCUCCCUCCUUCUCUCGCUCUCUCUCUCUCCUUGAAUGAACUGCUUGUGAGUCCAGGCACGAGAACGCUGCCAGCGUCUUCAAAGGCAGACAGGCAGGCAAGCAGGCACUCCAACCGCAACAUGAGCCUCUGGCAAGGCCUGGUGUGAAGCUUCCCAUUGCAGGACCGAUUCCUCCUCUUCCUCCAGCUUGAGCGGAUCAUCCGUCCUCCCCUCCCAACCCUGCAGCGAGCAUCCUUCCCGUCCGAGCGAGCCUCUCCCUUCGCCAAGGGAUUAAGGGGAUGCUGCAGUCGUUCUGGCGUCUCUUGUCUUCCCUCUUUCAAAGGGCUGGGUGCGAAGACCCCGCCGGCGCCAAGGAGGAUGCGGCCAAGGAAGAACCCCCCGUUCCCAACCCCGGGGACCAAGCGCCAAAGAUGCCCCAAAAGUUGCACAACAACAAAGAGGCCGAUCCCUCCGAAAGGAGGUCGACCAUUCUCCUGGUGGUUGGGCCUGCCGAGCAUUUCACAGAGAAAAUCGUAAAAGCUGGAGAUAAGGAUCUGGAUGGCCAGCUGGACUUCGAAGAAUUCGUUCACUACCUCCAGGACCACGAGAAGAAACUGAGGCUAGUCUUCAAGAGCUUGGACAAAAAGAAUGACGGUCGUAUCGAUGCUCAGGAGAUCAUGCAGUCCCUCCGCGAUCUGGGUGUCAAGAUCUCUGAACAGCAGGCGGAGAAGAUCCUCAAGAGAAUAAGGACAGGGCACGCCUGGGGUCCUGUCACUUACAUGGAUAGAAACGGGACGAUGACGAUCGAUUGGAACGAGUGGAGGGAUUAUCACCUUUUGCACCCGGUGGAGAAUAUUCCAGAAAUUAUCCUGUACUGGAAACACUCAACGAUUUUCGAUGUGGGGGAGAAUCUCACUGUCCCGGAUGAAUUCACCAUAGAAGAGAGGCAGACGGGGAUGUGGUGGCGCCACCUGGUGGCAGGAGGAGGCGCCGGCGCUGUAUCCAGGACCUGUACGGCCCCCCUGGACCGUCUGAAGGUUCUCAUGCAGGUCCACGCUUCUCGCAGCAACAACAUGUGCAUCGUCGGAGGGUUUUCCCAGAUGAUUCGAGAAGGUGGCACCAGGUCCCUUUGGCGUGGCAAUGGCAUCAACGUCUUGAAGAUCGCCCCAGAAUCAGCUAUCAAAUUCAUGGCUUAUGAACAGAUCAAACGUUUCAUCGGCACAGACCAAGAGGUCUUGAGGAUUCACGAGAGGCUGGUGGCCGGCUCGUUGGCUGGAGCCAUCGCACAGAGCAGCAUUUACCCCAUGGAGGUUCUGAAAACCCGGAUGGCUCUGCGUAAAACCGGGCAGUACACAGGGAUGCUGGAUUGUGCGAAGAACAUCCUUGCCAAAGAAGGACUAGGUGCUUUCUACAAGGGCUACAUUCCCAACAUGUUGGGGAUCAUCCCGUAUGCUGGAAUUGACCUGGCUGUUUACGAGACGUUGAAAAACAGCUGGUUGCAGCGUUACGCCGUGAACAGUGCCGACCCUGGAGUCUUCGUCCUGUUGGCUUGUGGUACCAUGUCAAGCACUUGUGGGCAAUUGGCCAGCUACCCCCUUGCUUUGGUACGGACCCGAAUGCAGGCUCAAGCUUCGAUCGAAGGAGCCCCGGAAGUCACCAUGAGGGGCCUCUUCAAACACAUUCUGAAGACCGAAGGCGCCUUUGGGCUCUACAGGGGCCUGGCCCCCAAUUUCAUGAAGGUGAUCCCCGCCGUCAGCAUCAGCUACGUGGUCUACGAGAACUUGAAGAUGACUCUGGGGGUGCAGUCGCGAUGACCACCAAGUGGCCUCUUUUGACUCCUUUAACCAAACCUUGGAGCGACAGCUCUUGGGUUGAAAUGGCCGUUUCAUUCUGUGAAUGGGUUGAAGACACUAAUAAGUUGUGUGAACCAA